UGGUUAUUUAGAGAGUUCGCUUAGCCAAGCGAGCAGCAACAUAGCUAUCAAGUAACUGCUCGAAGCUAUUCGUGGGAGGCUUAUAGGCUGACUCAGCGAUGUCACCUCUCGGUUCUUCGGACGUUCGCGAACAGCCGCCUUCCCGAGGUUACUUUGGCGUUGCAUCAACUCUUCAACUCAUAGGCUGAUUAUCGAGUCAAUCUCUCGUGAAUUUAUCUGCCAUAAUUUGUCUUUGCAGCAGGCCGGGAAUUAUCUGAUUAGAGUCUGACCCCUUGCAGCGCGCAAAGGCGAGCGUAGCCAUGGAAUCCGCACGCCGCUAUAACGUCGAACGGUCGUGCCUGCGCUGCCAUCAACGCAAGGUCCGCUGCGAUAAGAGCUCUCCAUGUGGGUCUUGUAUACGAGCAAAUGUGCUUUGUCAAUACCCCGGCCCUAAUCGCGUCAAGCGUCGGCCUCCAAAAGUUCACAAUUCUGAUGUCAUUGCCCGACUGGAAUCACUUGAGCGCUCCAUCGCGGCUCUAGCUGGAAACCGAUUGCUGCCUCACCUUCAGCACGAAGUGGCAGACGGACGGACCGUUUCUGCACCAGGUGCGGGGUCCCCCUCAAGCAAAGAACCGUCCCCGACGGGCACAAAUGCGGCGGCGGAGCCAUCGCACGACGGCCUUCUAGUUGAGGACGGCCGGUAUAUCAAUGAACAACUCUUGUCUCGGGUCUUGGAAGAUGAGAAAGAGCUUCAAUCUGCCAUUGGGACGCCGAAAAGCGAUACCAGCAGCUCCGGGCGCCCACUCACGCUCAGAGCGGAAGGCCUCCUUGUCAGUCGCUAUGUGGAGGAAGGAGAUCUCUAUAGCCUGCACCCGUGUCAGUGGCAGUCGAUACAGCUGUGGCAAACCUUCUUGAACCGCAUCGACCCAAUAAUCAAGAUUCUUCACGUUCCAUCGACUCAGCCGCGGAUAUUCGCGGCUAUCAACGAGCCAGCGGCCGCGCCCGCUGAUCUCCAUGCUUUGCUUUUUGCCAUCUUCUUUGCGGCCACAACAAGUGUGCUUGCCGAGGACCCAGCACAUGAACAGAGGCGAUCAGAAGUCAAGCGAUACCAGCAAGGGCUGGAACUUGCUCUCUAUCAGUCGAAUUUCUUGGACGCUCCCACACUAACAUCGCUGCAAGCGAUAAGUAUCUACCAGAUGUGCUUGCGCUAUUACAACAGCGGUCGAUCUGGAUGGACGAUGCGAGGGUUGGUUAUCCGGGCAGCACAAUCCAUUGGACUCCACCGUGACGGAAGACACUUCAAGUUGACUCCGCUAGAAUGUGAGCUGCGCCGCCGACUCUGGUGGCACAUUUGUACGGCUGAUAGUCGCGCGGUCGAGGAUCAUGGAGUUGGUGUCAGUAGCGGCGAGGAGGUCUGCGACACCGCAUUUCCUGCAAAUAUCGACGAUCAGGACCUUUCUGCUACGGCGACGGUGCCACCAGAGUCCAAAGACUGCUGGACAGAGAUGACAGCAUCCCUGAUCACAACAGUAGUGAACGAAAAGCGCCUGGAAUUGCAUCGCACACUGACAACCAAAGUCACUGGGAAAGAUCCCGCUGAGAUAGCGCGGGAAGCAAAAGAGCACGUAUACAACACCUAUAUGCAACACGGCGAUCCCAACAUUCCCAUUCAACGACAAGGAAUGAUACUAGGGGAGGUUCUAGUACUGAAGAUGGAAAUGUACUUGAACCAAAAAGCCCUCCAGACAAAUAGCACCGCAAUACCGGUCGCCGAGCGUCGUGAGUUGCAGACCAAAACUCUGGACAUCUCCUGCCAAGCCCUCGAACGCACCAAUGAAAUGUUUACCGACGCGCUUCUCCGCGGAUAUCGCUGGCUUUCUUCUACAUUUAUGCCUUACUUUCUCCUCACAUACAUAUUGUGGCACCUCUGUGUGUAUCCAGUGGGGCUGCAUGUUGAACGUGCAUGGCGAGCAAUUAACCUGGUUUUCGACCUGACCGAGAAGGACCCCCUGUGGCCAAACCCGGGGCCAAAGUGGGCGAUAAUCACUCGCCUGCGCGACAAGGCGUUGCAUAUACGACAGAUGCAGGUGGCUGCGGAGCAGGCCACGGGCUCAGCCGAUGAGAACCAACCGACAGGUGCCGAUCAAGCGGAGGCGCCAAUGGUUGAGUCGUUCUUCGACUUUGUAAAUUGGGAUAUGGGCGUCCUUGGGUUUCCGGACUGGACUGGCUUAAUGCAGAGUGUCGACAUUACGGGCUUCGAGCAUCUGAUAGAUACUCAGAUUUGAGAUCGUGCUUGAGCAAGGUCGAACCAGCCAAGAGAAUAUUACAUUAACUAUAUCACAAGAGAAACCGACUCAUAUGAGCAGACAAGAGGGAAACACUCAGAACUUCGCCUUAAGCACCCAGCCUGUUUGACGAAUACGCGUCAUUAGGACACACACGGUGCCUGCCAACAGAAAGAUACCCGAAUAGAUCUUCAUGCCCGUGUACGACCCAUCAUCGCGCUGCAGGAUUGCGCCCGCAAUAGGGUUUGUUGUCAAGGCACCAAUCGACGCAAACAGGAAAAGCACAC